AUGAAUCGUCACUCUGUUCAAGCCAAAUUAACCGUGACUCUUUUGACGUUGAUGAAAGCCCCAAAGUUAAAAGAGGAUGGCAUUCGCCGUUUGCCCAUCCGUUUCCCAUUCCCUUCUGCUGACUCUUUGACUCGUUCUUCUGCUGCAACGCCUGCCUCACCCACCCCGGAUCUUCUCGUUCAUUCUCGGCUAAUGACGUCAUCCCAAGGAAUGUCCUCUCGAUGUCCCAUCCUUUCGAUAAGAAAUUGUUCGAUACGCCGAGGAAUGCGAUUCACGUACGACUGCGUCAAUUUCUUCUUUUUUUUUUUUUUUUUUUAUCUUUUUGUUCUUUUUUCUUCUUCUUUCUUUUCCUUCUUUUUCUUCUUCUUCUUUUUCUUCUUCUCCUUCUUUUUCUUUUUUCUUUUUCUUUUUUCUUUCUCUUUAUAUUCUUUUUUCUCCUUCUUUUUGUUCUUUUUCUUCUUCUUUCUUUUCCUUUCUUUUCCUUCUUUUUCUUCUUCUUUUUCUUCUUCUCCUUCUUUUUCUUCUUUCUUUUCCUUCUUCUUUUUCAUUUUCUCCUUUUCUUUUUUCUUUUUCUUUUUCUUUUUUCUUUCUCUUCUUCUUUAUGUUCUUUUUCUUCUUCUUUUUCUUCUUCUUUUUGUUCUUUUUUGUUCUUUUUCUUCUUAUUUCUUUUCCUUCUUUUUCUUUUUCUUCUUCUCCUUCUUUUUCUUCUUUCUUUUCCUUCUUCUUCUUUUUCUUCUUUUUCUUUUUUUCUUUCUCUUCUUUAUGUUCUUCUUUUUCUUUUUUCUUCUUUUUUCUUUUUUUCUUCUUCUUUUUCUUCCUUUUACAUUUCGAUUUCUGUUAUAG